AUGCAUAAUGAUGUGUCUUCAGGUGUGAAUCCAGCAGCGUCUCUCACAGUGAGUCCUCACAGACUGCAGCACUUCAGCACAGAGUCACUGUCACUGAGCUGUGAGGGAACCUCUACUGAGUGGAGAGUGAUGAAGGCUGAUGCAUCUGGCUUCAUGUCAUCCUGUUCUAACUGGGGAGAAAUGACUGGAUCCACAUGCAACACCAGCACUAGAGCGAGUAGUGGAGUGUACUGGUGUGAGUCUGAAACACAGUGCAGCAAUGCAGCCAACAUCACUAUACACAGUGGUGAUGUCAUCCUGGUGAGUCCUGUCCGUCCUGUGACUGAGGGACAUUCGGUGUCUCUUGGCUGCAAGUUGAGGACAAAAGAACUUGUUGAUGAUGUGUAUUUCUAUAAAGAUGACAAACUCCUCCCAAAUGCUGUCAGAGGGGAGCUGUUUAUCUCUGCAGUUACUAAGUCACAUGAAGGCUUUUAUAAAUGUAGAGGAAGGAAAUCACCUCAAGGUUUGGAGACUUUGACCUCAGCAGAGAGCUGGUUGUCAGUGGAAUGUGAGUACGAAGAAGAUGAUUUCUUUUGCAAUGUGUGUUACAGUCUGAGUUAG